GACAAAUAGCAGGGUCUGAAAUGAAACAAUGACUGGCAGACUGACGGAAGGGAAACCUUCUAAGAAUUUGAAGAACCGGUUGCAGUCACGGCUCACAUUCUUCUUAAUGUGGCCCGUAAAUUCACAACACGAUCCAGCUGUAUAUUGAGGGCAUUCAGCGAGGCUCCAGGAAGAUUUGGAUUAGUUCCAUUUCACUGAUAUUUAAUUCAUUUGAUCCUCUGAACGGAAUAACAACAAGAGAAUUAAAUCAGAUGUCAAAUUCUGCACCAUGCGAUGUAACUCAAAAGUCUUCUCCGGAGGUGUGUCUCUAAAUCUCAAUCUUGUCAAAUGAAAGCGCAUGGCCCAAAUCUGGCUAUAAAGGGCUGGACCUGAAGGUAUUUGGGAAUCCCUGCGUGUGGCUAAAACGCUCCAUUGCAACUUUGGGUGGCGCCAGAGCGCAAGAAAAGAUAGGUGGUGGGUGAAAAAAAAAAAAACCAACCCCAGCACAGCGCAUGGGUUAAUCUGCCUGGGGAAUCACUCUGUGGCUUCGGCCGUGUGAAUUUCUUCAGCGGGUGGCUGGACUUGCCACCUUGUCGGGAACGGUGAGCAGGGCUACACCGCCGAGGACUGCGCCGACCUCUCCCAGUUUUUUAUUUUUUCCUCCAUCGGAAAAACGUCAGCGUGGUCUUGUGCAGGGUCGCCCGCGCUAGCGACACAAACACGGGCAACUUUCUCCGGCCGGCUGCGCAGGAGAAAGUCCGCCGCACGCAGAAACUGGCGGCGGCGAGAUUAGAGACGGAGCCUCUGAGCGCCCGGGAGGCUCCGACCCCUGUCGCUUUGAAGAUUAGAGGGUUGACGACGUCCGAAGGGACACUAAGCACGGGAUUAGGUAUUGUUCAGGCCAACCUACUUCUCAUCACUCCAACAUCUCGUCCUCCGAAUAUUUGCGCAGUGACCUUUGGUGCACUUGGAAUACGGGGUGCGCCCGUGAGGUCUGGCUAAUUUGAAUAAAGGGCAAGAUGUGGUGUAAUCACAGUAACUCAAAUCAGGUGGGCAGGCAAUAAGGCUUGACAGAAGAUGCAACGGGGGUGGUGGCUCGUCAGAUGGCUGGGGACAGGAAUGGCAAUCCUCUCUUUGCUAACCCACAGCUGGGGCCAGGACACAGAAGAGUGUAAGCUGUCCCGUCCAGGCCCCCCUGCAACCAUUGUGACCAUUGACGAGGAGAGCCCCAACGGUACAGUUCUGGUGGAAAACAUGCAGAUAAAUGGUCGAGCCCAGGACCCAGGCAGAACCAUCUCGCUGACGUUGCUGGACAACUAUGACUACUGGGUGAUACUGGAACCAGCACGGCAGAGGCUCUACCUCAACAGUACUGGGCGCGUUCUGGACAGAGAUCCCCCCAACUACGUCACCACCAUUGUGGUUCAAGUCCAGUGCACCAAUGAACUGGUUGGUACCGUCAUUUUGCACGAGGUGCGGAUAGUUGUGAGGGACAGGAAUGACAACACUCCUCGCUUUCAGCAGCCACGCUACUAUGUUGCAGUAAACGAGCUCACACCAGUUGGAACGACCAUUUUCACCGGCUUCUCAGGAAAUAAUGGUGCUACAGACAUUGACGAUGGGCCCAACGGACAUAUAGAAUACAGCGUCCUGUACAACCCCAAUGACCCGACUUCUAACAGAACAGUGAGUGUCGCAAACACCCUUUCGGGGCACAUUAUUCUGGCAGAGAGGCUAAACUAUGAGGAAAGGACUCGCUACCUGGUUUUGGUCCAAGCUAAUGACCGCGCUCCAUACCCACCCAACAGACGAACAGCUACCACGACUCUUACUGUGGACGUUUUGGACGGAGACGACCUGGGCCCCAUGUUCCUCCCUUGUGUUUUGGUGAACAACACCCGCGACUGCAACCCCCUCACCUACCGCGUUGCUAUCCCUGAAUUCACUGAACCGAACAAAUUGAACCCACUGAAUGUGACCCCUCCGAUCCGGGCAGUGGACAUGGACAGAAACAUACAGCCCCCAUCAGACAGACCUGGCAUUCUUUACUACAUCCUGGUUGGUCACCCAGUCACAUAUCCAGAGUAUUUCUCCCUGAACAGAACAACUGCAGAGCUGCGUGUUCUUCAGCCUGUCAGCAGGGAUUUGUAUCAAAGGUUCACACUUAUCAUCAAGGCUGAACAGGACAACGGUCACCCCCUCCCAGCCUAUGCUGACCUCAUUAUCGAAAUCCUGGAUGAGAACAACCAGGCACCAUAUUUCCAGUUUGCCACCUAUCAGGGCUAUGUGAGUGAGUCCUCCCCUGUGGGUACGACUAUCUCCGCCAGUGCCAACCUCACCUCCCCGCUGGGAAUUAUCGCUCUGGACAAUGACAUUGAGGAGACAAAAGACCCCAUGGUGAAGAUUACCCUGAAUGACUACACCACGAUCUUUGGCCUGACCCCAACUGGGAUAAUCCGCUACCUGAGGCUCCUCAAACCUGUGGACCGGGAGAAGCAGAUGGCCUAUACUUUCACGAUGGUGGCAUCAGAUGGUGUCCAGUUGAGUAGCCCAGUAACUGUCAACAUCCUGGUCAUUGAUGCUAACGACAAUACACCCACGUUUGCUGAGGUCUCCUACAAUGUUGAAGUCUUUACAGACAUGCAGCCAGGGGAGACGGUACUACAGUUAACAGCAGCAGAUGCUGAUGAGGGAAUGAAUGGUCUGGUGACGUAUGAGAUACUGGCUGGUUCCCAGGGACAUUUCAUCAUUAGCGAUCGCACCGGACGCAUCACUGUGGCGCCUGAUGUCACUUUAACUGUGGGACGAUCUUACGCACUGACUGUCAAGGCCUCUGACAGCGCACCAGAGACCCAGAGAAGGGGCUCCAUCACUACAGUGUACAUUGAGGUUUUGCCACCCAACAACCAAAGCCCACCACGCUUCCCUCUCCUCACCUACAGCCUGGAAGUCAGUGAGGCCAUGAGGAUAGGAGCUAUUCUGCUAAAUCUGCAGGCCACAGACAGAGAAAAUGACCCGAUCACAUACCUCAUUGUGAGUGGGGAUUCCCAGAAGGUCUUCAACCUCUCUGAAACGAUUGGCCUCCUUCUUCUGGGCAAGCCUCUGGACAGAGAGACCACUGAUCAGUACCGUCUGAUUGUCACAGCCUCUGACGGCAACCCUGGAGGGACAUCCACCACAACUGUGAACAUAGUCGUCACUGAUGUCAACGAUAAUGACCCUGAGUUUGACCUCGCCAUACCGACCAAUUUUACUGUGCAAGAAGAACAGGCCAAUUUGUUCAUAGGACAAGUCAGGGCCACAGAUCCGGAUGCAGGGGCUAAUGGCCAGGUGCGCUACAGGAUCAUGAAUCAUCCUGACUUGUUUAUAAUCAGUGCAAACGGCAGCAUCUUAACAAGAGUGCCUCUGGAUCGGGAGCUUAGGAGCCAAUAUGACCUGGUGGUAGAGGCCUCAGAUGGCGCAGUGGAUCCACGUCGGACCACCGUGACCCUGUCAAUCCAGGUCACAGAUAUUGACGACAACAGCCCAGUCUUUUCUCAGCAAACAUAUGUGGUGAACGUACCUGAGAACAGCCCUGUGGGAACUGUUGUUCUUCAGCUAAGCGCAGUGGACUCGGACCUCUUCUCCAAUGUCACAUAUCGGAUCAAGACUGAAUCAGCCAGGCAGCUGUUCUCUUUGAACCCGGUCACAGGGGAGCUGGCUGUGCUGCAGACCCUGGACUUUGAGGACCUGGCAGCUAUGGGCAUGGGGGCUUCUUACACUUUCCAGGUGGAAGGUGUCGACCAUGCAGGGGUCAUGCCCCCGGGGCAAGCUACCAUCACGGUCCGCAUCACGGACAUGAAUGACUUCUCCCCUGUCUUUAGCCAAGACCUGUAUAAGGGCAUGGUGGCACCCAAUGCAGAGAAAGGGACAGUCAUCACAACUGUCUUUGCUGAGGACCAAGACCCACCUGGUACUCAGGCCAGUUUUGUCCGCUACAAAGUGGACCUGGACAGGUCACCGUACAGUGGGAGCAUCUUUGAUGUGGAAGAGGAAACUGGCAGAGUCAUCACUAAGGUCAACCUCAAUGAAGAGCCCAGCGUCACCUUUAAGUUGUUUCUGAUAGCCUAUGAUGAUGGGGAGCCAGUGAAGUCUAACGGUACUUUGGUGGAGAUUACUGUCCUUCAGCCUUCUCGCAUCCCAAUCUUCACCCAGGAAGAGUACAAGUUUCCUCCUGUUAGUGAGCUGGCUCCAUUUGGCACACCAGUGGGGACAAUUCUGGCUGCUGCUAUCAAUCAGACCAUCUUUUACUCCAUUGUGGCAGGAAAUGAACGAGGCCACUUUCAGGUGAACAACAGGACAGGCGUCAUCUCCACAGCUAAACCCCUGGAUUAUGAAAAUGUGACCAGCUAUGUCCUCCGGGUCCAGGCAGACUCGAUGGUGGUUGUCAUGUCCAAUCUGCGUGUGCCUUCCAAAACCAACACAGCCAAGGUGUUUAUUGAGGUGCAGGAUGAGAAUGACCACCCUCCCAUCUUCUCCAGGAAGCUGUACAUAGGCGGCGUGACAGAGGACACCAAGAUCUUCAGUUCUGUGCUCAAAAUAGAGGCCACUGACAAGGACACUGGGAAUUACAGUGCCAUGGCAUACCGCCUGAUUAUCCCACCCACAUCAGAGGGCCAGGACAGCUUUGUCAUCGAGACCUACACAGGUAUCAUCAAGUCGGCCAUCAUGUUUCGAAACAUGCGCAGGUCCUACUUCAAGUUUGAAGUUAUUGCCACAGACGACUACGGAAAAGGUCUCAGCAGCAGUGCUGAAGUGGUGGUUUCUGUGGUCAACGCAUUGGACAUGCAAGUUGUUGUUUCCACUGUCCCACCGACUUUAGUGGAAGAGAAUAAGGAGCAGCUCAUUAGUAUUCUGGAGCGCCACGUCCAGGACCAGAUUCCAGGUGCCAAGGUGAUUGUAGAGUCAAUUGGGCCGCGUCGUCAUGGCGAUGGCUUUGAACUAGAGGACUACAGUAAAUCGGACCUGAUGGUGUAUGCCAUUGACCCGCUCACGAACAGGGCCAUUUCCCGCCAGGAGCUCUUCAAAUUUCUUGAUGGGAACGUGCUGGAAAUCAACAAGGAGUUCCAGCCGUACCUUGGCGAGGGUGGCCGCAUCCUCGAGAUCCGCUCUCCAGACAUUGUGGCCAGUGUGAAGAAGGCGGCUCAGGCUGUGGGCUACACAGAGGGAGCUCUCCUGGCUCUGGCCAUCAUCAUCAUCCUCUGCUGCAUCCCUGCCAUCCUCAUUGUCAUGGUCACCUACAAACAGUUCAAAGAGCGACAGGCAGAGUGUGCCAAAACUGCCAGGAUUCAAAUGGCUCUACCACCGGGAGGGAAAGCACCUCCUGCGGGUGCUCCCAGCGCCAACCUCUAUGAGGAGCUGGGCGACAGUAGCAUGGCUAAAAAGUCUGUCAUUGAAGAGGCCGACAACCAGAGGAUUUUUAGCACCUUUGCCUGUCGCACCAUUGCAGCCCGUGGCAACGGAGCAUUGCAUGUCAACUUACCCAAGUCAGAGAGCAACGUGACCUUCCUCUCUGACCGCAACCCACUCACCACCCACAACCCCGUCUAUGAUGAAAACAGUCCCCUCAGCAGUCCUGAUGCCUGUGCACGGGGGGAGAGUCCAUCUGAAAAGCGGUUCUCCUUUUCUCCUUCCCACUCAGCAGGGUCAGGGUGCGUUUGGUCAAUGCCUGCUCGCAUUCAUGGAGGGCUGCACAGUUACGAGGUCCCUAAGAGACAAGCUCUUAUGGACCUAGCCGAUUGGGAGUUGCAGAUGCUCCAAGCAGCCCUGAGGGGUGGGCAGGGGCCACAGAGUUCAGACACAUUUGACCCGAGUGGCGGCACAGAGACCAAGUUGUCGGUCCGUGAGCAGGCCCGGCAGUUUGAGCAACAGGCCGUCCAGGAACAAACCCUCAAGCAAAACAGAGACUCCCAAGGCUCCCUCUCUUCCAUCCUUAUCAGGGAUAGAGACAGCGAUGACAUGCUGGAGCUGACCUCAGAAACCCUGCUCUCCAUCAUGGAUUACUCCUACAGCCCGACAUCUGUAGGUAGAGACGUGCCCCCGAGCAUUAUCAUUACUCAGGAAGAGGACUCAUGGCCCCUGGCUAGUCAAAGACCAACGCCACCUGUCCUCAGGAAGUUCAGCUCCAGCAUCUCCAGCUACAUGACAGUGCAGCCUUGUCAGAUCACGGUAGAGAUCAUACCAGACCCGCCAGAAAAUCCUCCACCUCCUCCUCCACAGCAGCCACAGCCACCAUCCCCACCCACAUCUCCUCCCUCUAGUCCACCUUCUUCUCCCCCUUCAACAUCCUACCUUAAUAAACCUCAGUACACACCACCGUUCUCUUCUCCUCCUGACAAUAUACCACAUGCGCCCCCACCUCCACCACCUCUCCCCCCCCCUCCCUCACCUGCUGGCAACCAGUCGCGCCCAGUUGUCCAGUUUGUUCCAACCUCUUUGCCGCCCCUGUCCUCGCUUCGCCCUGUUUCAGAACGAAAGCACCCCCCUCCUCCUGCCCCAUCACAAACUGAUGUUGGGAAGAAGAAGGAGCUUAAAGGGAUCCUGAAAAACAUCCAGAAUCUAGAUGACAUAGAGAGGUCUGUUGCCAACCUCUACAGCCAAGUAGACAAAAAUUGCAAGGUGCCCAAGUUUAACAAGAAGCCACAAGUGACUGAGGAAUCAGAGGGUGCUCAGAAACUGCAAAGCUUUGAUCCCUGUGAUGAGCAGAGCACGCCAAAAACAACCAACUCCAGCUCUGCAGUCCAAAUCAACUCGACGACAAGUAUGAACAAUACUGAAAAUGUAACAAGUCAACUGAACGUCGCAGCAGAGGUUCAGCAGAGGAGCCAAUUGAACUCGAACAGCCCAAGCACUGCUGAGCUCAGUGAACACAUUUCCUCUCAGUCCACAGUGUUCUGACUUUUUCUCUUUGUUUCCAUACUCUCAUUAUUUCAAUUUAUACAUCUACAUGCCUGUUUUUUCUGUUACUUCUAAAUACUUCUCUUUUUGUGCACAGUUGGUAGUAUUUUAUAUAAGCUUUAGCCAAGUAAAAUUUGUUUGACUGUCUUUUUUUUUUCAGACACACAAUGUUUUUUUACUCAAUACUUUGUGUGGAAAUCAAAUUUUAGUGCCACCUGCCAAGAAAUGUGCUCAGUUCUGCCACAACUGAAUGUAAAAUAUGCUUAUGGGCUUGAAAUAGAACAUAAAAGAGGCUUGCAUAUACUGAA